AUGGUCAGUCCAACAACUUCACAACCCGAGUCUCAUGUCGCCCUCGCUCCAGUCGCCAACGUCGAUCUGCCUAAACCCCCCGCGAAAACUACUACUCCGGAUCACCCGUCUUGCUCCUCUUCCUCUUCCUCUUCUUCCUCGACUACCGCAGAAAUUAAUGGUCAUGUCUCUGAGAAUAAAGAUGCUGGCGAAAUAAACAAAAAAGAACCCGAACCAGAAAACCUUACUAAUGAGAUCAUGGACAAAGAGAACGACAGCGACAAAAAGGAUGAUAAUAGAAAAACUAGUGAGAAUUAUAGAAAUGAAAACGAUACGAAAGAAGAUACCGGUACUAAGAGUGAGAUUUCUCAUAAUAACAUUCUUACCGAUAGUAAUACUUCUCAAAAAGAUAACAUUCCUUCUACAACCUCAAAGUCUGAUUCAAAACUUUCAUCACCCCCUUCUCCCAUUCCCUCCCCUACAUUCUCCACCACCUCUUCUUUUAAUUCCGCAUCCGAUCAAUCAUCAACGACCCCUAACCCUACGUCGCCAAAAAACUUCACCUCAGCCCCUAUUCCCACCGUUAAUGUUGAAGUUGGGUUGCAUGAUGAUUAUGGAUGUGGAUUAUUUGGUCAAACAAAACGAUUUACGAAGAAAAAUUCUAAAAAAUCAAAACCUGCUCCAAUACUACCACCGUUAGAGGAUCAAAGUAGUUGGCCUGCUCCGGCCGAGGUAUUGAUUAAAGAUAAAGCAAAAGAAGCAAGUGAGCUAGCGGAGAAAAAGAAUGAUACCGGGAAGAAAGAGGAAGGGAGCAGUCCGAAAAGAGGUCAUAUAACGAAAUUGGGCAGGAUUGGAGAUAUAUUGGGUCAUGGGAAAAGUGUCAAGAAAGAACUAAUAGAUGGAAGCAGAAGUUUAGGAAAUAAAGAGGUGAAGGCAAGGGCAAAUGGAUUCCAAUUCCAGCAACGAUUACUCAUACAACUCCGCUUCCGACUCACCAUCACGGAUACAAGCAUCGACGCCGUAGCGAAGAUACAAUCACACUUUCGCACAAUAGACGUGAUAGAUAUUCACAAUAUGACGAUGUUAAUGGCCGAGAUGGUCGAGAGGGUAGAUGGGACAAAGAGGGAAAGGAAGGCCGAGGCUGGGAUAGAGAGGGACGAAGAGGAAGAGGAGGAGAAGGAGGAGAAAGCAGUGGACGAGAGAAUGGAAGAGAAAAUGGAAGAGAAGGGAAUAAUGGAGAAGGGAACGGGAACGGCCAUGGACAUGGUACAACGACAGGUCAUAGAAGAAGAGCCUCAGUACCACCAUCCGCGAGCGGACAGUAUGCCAGGAGAUAUUUGCAUAAUUCGGACGGAAAUGGGCAAGUUUCCGGCCAUGCCAAUAGUAAUAUGUAUCGUGGUCGGAGAACUGGUCGAGGUUUGUUUCUUCUUUCUUGACUACACAGUUACGAGUCGUUCAUACGGAUCCCGUGGCCCACCGCGCUCCGCUAGCGCUCUCUAUUCUCCUGGAUAUCCUCAGACAUAUAAUGUCUUUCCCAGCGCCAAAAUGCCUGUCGUGAUUGAUGUUGAUUUAUUGAAAUACUACAUUCUCCAACAAGUGGAAUAUUAUUUCAGCGUAGAAAACCUUUGUAAAGAUAUAUUCUUACGGACUAAUAUGGACUUAGAAGGAUACGUCGAUGUAUCGUUAUUAGCAGGAUUCAAUAGAGUAAAGAAUCUGACGACAGAUGAGGCUCUCGUUCGUGAGGCUUUGCUUUAUAGUCAUAUAUUGGAAGUCAAUGGGGAUAAAGUCAGAAAGAGAGAGGGCUGGGACUUUUGGUUGUUAUCGAAGCAGGUAAAUGGGCGUCAAACUACUGAUAUUAAUAUUGAUAUUGAUCAUCAAAAUUGUGCAACAUUGCUUAAUGAGAUUAAAUGA